GGAACCUAUAAAUCUGGGAGGGCGCAGGCGAGCCCAUCCUGGCCAGCUCCCUGGGUACGCAGCUGAGCAGGAAGAAGUGGGAGGUGCUGGGUGGCCGUGGGUAACUUCAUCCCCAGGGAUCAUGAUGGGGGUCCUGCGAGUUUCACUGCUGCUUCUCCUGGUGACCGGGUCCGAGGGUGCUGUGAUCACCGGGGCCUGCGAGCGGGACGCGCAGUGCGGACCGGGAACCUGCUGCGCAGUCAGCCUGUGGCUGCGCGGGCUGCGCAUGUGCACGCCGCUGGGGCGGGAAGGCGACGAGUGUCACCCCGUCAGCCACAAGGUGCCCUUCUUCAGGAAGCGCCAGUACCACAGCUGCCCCUGUCUGCCCAGCCUGCUGUGUGUCAGGUGUCUGGACGGCAGGUACCGCUGCUCCAUGGACUUGGAGAGCAUCAACUUUUAGGGGUGCGCCAGCCCUGGAUUCCUUGGCCGUUGCCUGGGUGCAGUGGCGGGGUGUCCUGUACGGGACUUCGCUUCUGGCCACGUGGCCUAGUUCCCUGCCUGCUGCCCAUUCCCUACACAGUCGACUUCUCUCUGCUCCCCAGCACACAUGUUUGCAUGCAUGCGGACAACACACGUCCUGACACAUGCUUCAGAAGGGCCUGGGUUUGAUCUCCAUUACCUUCUGGUGUUUGAACACCACCUGGAGCAGACAAGCUCCUGAGCACAGAACCAGGAGUAGCCCUGCACCUGGUCAGGUGUGACCCCCUCAAACCAACCAACUAACAGAUCUGCCCCAAGGCUCAACACUAGGAGCAGGCUGAGACCUUGGGGACAGGGACAGGUGUUUGCUCAGUGUGAGACAGGAAGGGGAAGGAGUGGGGGCAGGGACAGCUACCACGUGGGGUCCAGGCAGGCAGCACAGGUGUCCUGGAGAGGGAAGUGAUGUCCUUGCUGGUUUUUUUGGCUUUCUUCCACCCUGCACGUCUCCCUGCACCAUCCUGACCUGCACACCCACUCUGGGCACCCCCCACCCGCCCCAUGUCCCAGUGUUAGCCACGCUCUGCCCCUAACAAUAAAAGCAAGAGAAUGAG